AUGACUGACGAAGUAUUAACAACCGCUUUUGCGCUCGACUUUGACGGUUGGAAAGAUCUCUCUCUUCCACCUUUCAAAGAACUAGAUUACACAUUUAACGAUUUGCAGCGGAUAUUUGUCGAACUCGUUGAAGCAUGCACUAUCGGAAAACGUCUAAAGUUAAAAGACUUAAUUGUACAAAUUAACCAGGCAUUGGGUGAAAUUAAAGACGAUAGCGCAUUAGCAGCCUACAAACUCGCCUCAUAUGCCCGCGAGAUGAUUAUUUAUCUAGAAUGCAUAUCCAACCGAGACACUACUGUGGACGACGCAAUGACAUCGCUAGCGUUUAUCGGGGAAUCUGUGAAAGUAGAGGGUAAAUUUCUGGAGAAAAUAAUAAAAAGAUUAGAAGACUUAUCAAAGGAGUUUUAUAGCAUUGCAGACAAUCUCGGUAAUAUCUCAGACGACUGGCAGUUCGUUUCCGAGGAAGCGAAUCAAUCAGAAUUUCAGGAUGUAACAACGCCACAGCGGCUGCUGCACAGGGUCUCGCAGUUUGUGAAAACGGAAACGUUAAAUCUGUUACAAUUCAACGAUGGAACGAUAGCCCACAACAGAAACACUGAGAAAAGAACUGACGCAGACAUCAGGAUGAUUUUUUCCAGGAUUCAAGCAAAACUAUCACUUCUCCUCCUAUUUUUAGAAGAAUCUUCCCAGUUCUGGCGAACUCAGCAGCAAACUAUUAAUGGUCUCAUUAGUGAGAUGAAUCGCACUCGCGGAACGGAAGUCAUCAAAAUCUCACAGAUUAUGGGGAGAGCAAUAAUAGAGAAAUGGACAGAAGCUGAGAAGAAAAGCAACCAAUACUUCUGUGCGAUAAAAGAACUCCAACCUUUAGCCGUUGUGCAAGCGAAUCCGUAUAGUAAGGAACGAUAA